CUCUUCAUAACAUACAGGUCUAGUCGAAAGGCCUUUAAUUUUUUUAUAAAGUCUAGAAAAGUCUUCAAAGGAAAACAAUGUCAGAACAAUAUCUUCAGGUCUCAGAAAGUGAAGGUUACGAGCCAGUAGAAAUCCCAAGCGAAGAUGACGGAACCCUUUUGCUGUCAACAUUAUCGGCACAAUUUCCAGGAGCAUGUGGUCUGAAGUACAGGAAUCCACAGUCUGGUAAUUUCAGAGGCGUCAGGCUUAAUGAAGGUCUAUUGUAUCCUCCGGAAGGAUCAUGGGGAGAUGUUGUUUACGUGGUGGUAUUCCCUAAAAUACCCAGCGCCCCACCGGAACAAGAGGAUAAUCAGAUUCACUACAUACCUAGUAUUUGUGAUAACAAGAGAAAAGGAGAUGAUAUAGAGAGUCCGGGCUCAAAAACUCGACGUAUGGACCAGAAGAGAUGUGUAGAUCUUAUUGUGUUGGGAUUACCUUGGAAGAGUACAGAAGAGGACAUGCGCACAUAUUUUUCCCAGUUUGGAGAGCUAUUAUUAGUUCAG